AUGGCAACAACACGCCCCAAGUACGAGGCUGCUCAGACCGAUAUUGAGGGAUACACCCGCAUCAAGCAUACCUAUAUUCGUAUGCGUGACGGCAUCGAACUUUGUGCUGAUCUUUUCUUGCCGUUUGCUGCAUCUAAGGAUGGCCAAAAGGUUCCUUUGAUCUGCAGCAUGGGUCCAUACGGCAAGGAUAUCCAUGCUUCUAUUUUCGGAUUGCCCAAAACGCCCAUCUAUGCUGAUAUGUACACAAAUAUCAAGCCUCUCGGUCCUGACGCCUGCUUUGAAUUAUGUGAGCCCACUAUCUGGUGCAGAGACUACGGCUAUGCCCUUCUUCGGGUCGAUGCUCGCGGAGUCGGAGGUAGUCAAGGGAAACUGGAUCCUUUCGGGAUGGAAAGAUCGCUGACCAUCCAAGCGGAUGCCGAGGGACAGGAUCUCUAUGACGUGGUGGAAUGGGCCGCUGUCCAGCCGUGGUCCACCAGCAAAGUCGCUUUCUCCGGUAUCAGCUACUUUGGAAUGGUGGGCUACUGGGUUGCCAUCAUGUAUCAAGCUAUAAGGCGUGGCGGCAUUUACAGCAACAACUUCCAAUCCCACUGGUACAACAACAUCGUUGUUCCAUCCCAAGGCGGGAAUCAAGAUGGCGUUCUCGCCGAAGAGCAACUCGUUGCCAACCGGGUAGAGUAUCCUAGUCUGUGCGCAACAACUGAAUACCCCACCGACGGGGUCUGGGCUGUCUUUGAUAGAGUCCGCAAAUUGUCCGACAUCGAGGUACCCUUCUACAGCUCCGGUAAUUGGACUGACCCAGAACUCCAUUUGCCGGGAAAUAUUCGCGCCUUUAACGGUAUUUCAUCCAAAGAUAAGUGGUUGGAGAUGCACACGGGAAAUCACUUGGGUGCUUUCUAUGAGCCAGAACACAUUGAAUUGCAGAAAAAGUUCCUGGAUCACUAUCUCUUCAACAAGAAGGACAACGGGAUGCUCGAUGUUCCCCGAAUCAGGUUAGUCCAGCACCACGGUACUGAGACAUUCUACCGCGAAAACGAGGUCGCUUAUCCUCCACCAGACGCAAAGGAUGUCAGCUUCUACUUUACUCCCGAGAAGAAGCUCUCCCUGGCCAAGCCAAGCAGCGCAAAGACUGCCUUCAAAUACCGAGGUUUCAGAGAGAAUAUCAGAUUCGAACUUGAUGCUGCGUUCUCCGAUUCAUUCGAGAUUCUUGGAUCUCCAUAUCUCGAAAUAGAGGUUAGCACCAAGGCCAAGGACCUGGAUCUCUUCGCCUAUCUGCGUGCGCAUGACAGUGAUGGAAAGCCUAUUGUCCUUGCUGGCAACCACGGCGAGCCCAUGGACAAUUUUGCCAGAGGCUUUUUCCGUCUCUCUCACCGUGAUGAAGUUGCAAAAAACUUCGAGAAGGAGCGUGUUCUCAGCCAACCAUCUGUCCCUAAAUCAGAAGUCGUGCCGAACGAGGUCUACACUGUCAUCUUUCCCCUUUACCCAGCGGCCUAUCUAUUUGACGAAGGGCAGACUUUGACCAUGGAGAUUGGCUCGGUAAAUACCCAAAGCACCAUCCCGCCCAUGCGUCAUGAGGGUGGGGACAGAGUGCCAGAGAGAUUUGAGGGAGACAACGUCAUUUUCUCUCAUGGACGAUUGGUUCUUCCUCGGGUGAAACGGUGA